UUUAAUUCGCGUUGAGACAGGUCGUGGAUGAUAGAUGUUAUCUAGGUAACGCUAGCUAACUUAGCUGCUAACAAUGGCUAACUGCAUGGUUUUUCACACGCAAAUAGCCUCCAUUAUGGAGGUGCUAGCGAAUGCAGCCGUGGAAGAGAUCUGUAAACUCGUAGACGACGACUAUGCAGUGUUUCGUUUGGAAAUAACUCAAAGCCAGAAAGAAAACAGGGGAUUGCGGAAGAAACUACAGCUACUGGAACUGAAGACGGCACGAGAGCGCGCCCUUGCUAGUCGUCCCAGUAGUGUCAAACUCCUCGACCGAUAUAGAGGCUUGGCAAGAGGUGAAGGACAUCUCACUCGAGGCCAUAGAAGCUUUGUGAAGCCAGCAAGACAUAACACGUGUAGAGAUGACCAACCAAUCACUGUUGAUGAGGGGAGUGGAACCUCAACCGAGCAUGCUAUCGUGAUAGAGGAUACAGAGGCUGCAGGUCCUGGGGUCAAGCUGGAGAGGUCUGAAGGAGAGGAGGACCCACAGCACAGUAGAGACAUCCAGACUGAAGCAGCGGCUGGAGUGGCGCCCCCUGUUGCCACGGGAGGACCUCACCGCCACCAUGCCCCAGCCCAGGACCCGACACAGCAUCACGGAGGUGGUUGGCUGGAGGCUGUAAAGAGGAGACUGAGGCGGCCAUCUUGGAUUCCCAGACCCAGACGGGUGCAGGCAAGGGCCCAGGGCAAUGUCGCCGAGCAGGCCAGGACCAGAGGUGACAUAGUGGAGGUGGUUGGCUGGGAGGCUAACACAGAGACCAGGCCCCCAUACUUGGAUUCCCAGACCCAGACCGAGGGUGAAGCCAAGAGACCCCGAGGCGGCAUCACUGAGCAGGCCAGGACCGGGCGACAUGAGCGGAGCCUGCCUUCUGUAGGGAUCUAUCAGCUGGAACAUGACCCUCGACAACACAGACACUACCUGGCCUUCGUCCUCCUCACACUCUCCUAA